AUGGCAUCCACUCGCUACACAGGGCCUUCGUGCCAUGAUCUUGACAAUACUUUGCGUAUUGAUGCUGGGUCAUGUCGAGGAGGUUUCGACUUUUCCCUUUUGUUUGAGGAAUCAAUCCUCCAGAUCCUACCUAUUUUAUUAAUGUUAAUUAUUGCUCCUCUUCGAUUAUGGCAACUCUCUCACACUCGCAACAAAGUUGUGAGGUCAUUUUUGGUCUUCAUCAAGCUUGCAGCUUGGUUGUCUUUACUGGCGCUGCAAGUCGUCCAGACAGCGUUGUGGGCGUUGCCGGCAGCCGACAGGACCAAGACAUCGAUCCCAGCCAAUGCACUCCUGACUGUCGGGGUGCUUGCGUUGAGUUUGCUUUCUUAUGCAGAACACAUGCGCUCCGUGAAACCAUCAUUUGUUUUAAACACCUACCUCUUCUGCAGCCUACUUUUCGAUAUUGCUCGGUCCAGAACGCUAUGGCUCCGCAGUGAAGACUCAUACAAUACCACCAUUGCCAUCAUCACCACAGUUGCGGUUGGCGUCAAGUUCGUACUGUUUGUGCUCGAAGCAGUUGAAAAGAGACAUAUUCUCAAGUCAGAAUAUGCUGGCUACCCACCUGAGGCGACAGCGGGUUUCUACAACCGUGCGAUAUUCUGGUGGCUGAACCCGCUUUUCAAAAUCGGCUUCAAUGGUGCUCUUCGCGUUGAAGACCUGUUUGUAUUGGAUAAGGAGCUAAGCUCCGAACGUCUUCUCUCUCGAUUCUCAGAGAAAUGGAGCAAAGUGACCACCAAAGCUCCCAAUACCUUACAAUGGGAAGCUAUGAAAGCUGCGAAAUGGCCAUUACUCGCUGCUGUCCCCGCCAGAGCUUGUGUCGUUGCUUUCAAUAUCUGCCAGCCUUUGCUACUCGAAAGAUCGCUGUCUUUCUUCAACUCUGAGGUGAACCCGUCCAGCAACAACAUCGGGUACGGUCUCAUCGGUGCUUUCAUCAUGGUCUAUGUUGGUCUAGCAAUCUCUAUGAGUCAAUACCAGCAUUUGACCUACCGCGGUAUUACCCUGGUACGCGGUGUUCUCAUCACAAUGCUGUACAAGAAGGCAACCUGCCUCACCCUCAGCGACAACGACCCAGCAAGCUCCCUGACUCUCAUGAGUGCGGACGUCGAGCGAAUCACCCAAGGAUGGUCUACCCUUCACGACAUUUGGGCAAAUUCCGUGGAAAUUGCUCUGGCUAUCUACCUCCUACAGCGACAGCUUGGAAUCUCCUGCAUUGUUCCUGUCUGUGUCGCGCUCUUCGCACUGGUCGGGUCGUUCGUCGGUAUGUCAUUGGUCGUUGCUCGGCAAGCCCAGUGGUUGGAGGCUAUCGAGAAGCGUAUCUCCUCUACCUCCGGGAUGCUCGGUUCAAUCAAGGGAGUCAAGAUGCUGGGUCUGCAGAACUCUUUCAUGAAGUUUGUGCACGGGCUUCGACUUGACGAGCUGGACAUCUCCAAAAAGUUCCGUACCCUUCUUGUUUACAACAUGGGCUUUGGCUGGUUGACACGUAUCUUUGCUCCAAUCUUCACAUUUGGUGUUUACGCCGGCGUUUCGAGUGAGCCUUUGAACGUCACUCGUGUGUUCACAUCUUUGUCGCUCUUCUCGCUCCUCGCAGACCCACUUUUGACAUUGGUGAUGGCGUUGAUGUCAUUUGCCGGUGCGGUUGGAUCCUUCCAGCGCAUUCAAGAGUUCCUUAACAAGGAAGACCACUCCGAUCAGAGACAACACCCCGCUGAGGCUUUGAGUCUCUCAAAGACUCUGACUGUGGAUGAUAUGAGUGAGAAAAAUGUCAUCGCAAAGUCUAUUGAUCUCGACCUAGUUUCCAAUCUCUCUGCCUCCGUUGACUCCUUCAAACGCAUGACUACCACUGCAUCCGGCCACGCUAUGGUGAUCCAGAACGGAAGCUUUGGCUGGGAGGCUGACAAGGAACCGAUUCUCAAGGGUAUCAACAUGACCAUUGGUAUGGGCAGCUUCACUAUGCUCAUUGGGCCUUCCGGGUGUGGCAAAUCCACACUCCUCAAGGCUCUCCUUGGAGAACUGCCCUAUGCCAAUGGCAAAGUUGAGCUCUCAUCCCCCAGUGUUGCAUACUGUGAUCAGACUCCCUGGCAUAUGAAUGGUACGAUCAAGGACAGCAUUGUGGCGAUGUCCGAUUAUGAUCCCACAUGGUAUUCCUUGGUGCUCCACGCCUGCGCUUUGGAAGAGGACCUCGCACAGUUCCCGCGCGGUGAUGCCGCUGUCAUCGGAAGCAAAGGCGUUGCUCUCAGUGGAGGUCAAAGCCAACGUAUCGCUCUCGCACGUGCAGUCUACGCUCGCAGAAGGAUCAUCAUCCUCGAUGAUGCUCUCAGCGGCUUGGAUGCAACCACCGAGAACCACAUCUUCCACAACCUUUUCGGUCCCCUGGGUCUUCUCCGAGAAAUCGGAACUUCGAUCAUUGUUGCGUCUUCUUCUGUCACUCGUCUUCCUUACUCCGAUCACAUUGUUGUCUUGGAAACAGAUGGUCGUAUUUCAGAGCAGGGCAGCUUCUCUACACUGAGCAAGACGGGCGGAUAUGUGGCAAGCUUUGGGCUCAGUUCCCCUGACUGGCAAUUCAAACCCAAGCGCCUCUCGGACUCGCUCACUUGCUCGAGUACUAGCACUAUCACCAAGGAGAAGGUUGUUCCGAAGGAGAAGGAGAUCUUGAUCGAUGAACCAGUGAAUCACGAUGCUGGUGGUGAUCUUGGAAUCUACACCUACUACAUCAACGCGAUUGGGUGGUUCCCGGCUGUUUAUUUUACAGUCAUGAUUGCUGCUUUCGUCUUCUGCAUCUCCUUCCCUAGUAUCUGGUUGAAGUGGUGGGCCCAGUCUGACACUGCUCACCCCAAGCAAGAGCUAGGUUACUACCUCGGUAUCUACGUGAUGCUCGGGUGUCUUGCCAUGCUCUGUCUCAUUGCCGGUACCUGGCAGAUGAUCAUCAAAAUGGUUCCAAAGUCCGGCGAGUUCUUCCACCGCAAGCUGUUGACCACUGUCCUCAGUGCGCCCAUGUUGUUUUUCUCUUCCACAGACAGCGGUGCCAUUCUCAACAGAUUCAGUCAAGACUUGAUGCUCAUCGACAUGGAACUCCCUAUCGCUGCUAUCAACACUGCUGCUACUUUCUUCCUCUGUUUGGCCCAGAUGGCACUCAUCGGCGUCUCUUCCAAAUAUGCUGCUAUCUCUUUCCCAUUCGUUCUCGCUCUGCUCUACGUGAUCCAGAAGAUUUAUCUGCGUACCUCCCGUCAGCUUCGUUUCCUCGAUCUCGAAGCCAAAGCUCCCCUGUACUCCCACUUUAGCGACUGUCUUCAAGGACUCGUUACUCUGCGAGCUUUCGGCUGGCAACAUGCUAUGGAACAGAAGAACAUCGAGCUUUUGGAUCUCUCUCAGCGUCCCUUCUACUUCAUGUUUGCUAUCCAACGCUGGCUCACUCUGUCGCUCGACAUGGUCGUCGCUGGUAUCGCCGUACUACUCAUCGCUCUGGUCGUCGGCCUCCGUGGAACCAGCUUCAGUGCAGGCUCUGUUGGUGUCGCUUUGUUGAACGUCAUUCAAUUCAGUCAAAGCAUCAAGCUCGUGGUAACUUUCUGGACUAACCUGGAGACUCACAUCGGUUCCAUCCAGCGCAUCAAAGACUUUACCGCUGAUGUCGAAUCGGAAGACAAGUCAGGAGAGGACCAGGACAUCCCUCCCAACUGGCCCGCCAACGGCGCCAUCAACUUCAACUCCGUCUCCGCGGCUUACAGACCCUCCGAACCAGUCCUGAAGGAUGUUUCUCUCAACGUCCUUGCUGGUGAGAAGAUCGGUAUCUGCGGACGAACUGGAAGUGGCAAAACAUCCAUGAUCAUGAGUCUCUUCCGAAUGAUGGAAUUGACCAGCGGCACCAUCACAGUGGACGGAGUCGACAUCAGCCACCUCCCCCGUCGGGAGAUCCGCUCGCGCAUCAACGGCGUCUCCCAAGACUCCCUCCUGUUCAAGGGCAGUGUCCGACUAAACGCCGACCCAACUGGGAUCCACACCGACAAAGACAUCUUGGCUGCACUCAAGAGCGUCCGACUCCUCACUGCAAUCCAAGAAAAGGGCAAUUUGGACACAGACAUCGACGAGAUCCACUUGUCGCACGGCCAAAAACAACUCUUCUGCCUUGCUCGCGCUCUCCUUCGCCCGGGUAACAUCCUCAUCCUUGAUGAGGCCACUAGCAACAUCGACACCAAAACAGACGAAAUUAUGCAGCGCGUUAUUCGCGAGAAAUUCUGCAACCACACCAUUAUUUCGGUGGCUCACAAACUCGAUACCAUCCUGGACUAUGACCGCAUCGUUGUCUUGGAUGCAGGUCAGAUUGUCGAAAAUGGAGAGCCGUGGACUCUCCUCCAAAACCCCAAGUCUCACUUUAGCAAACUCUAUGCGAGUGCGACCUCGAUAGAUGAGAUGGACUAA